AUGGGUCACCAACUCACUCUCGCCGCUGAGAACUUUCGUCAGUUCAUCAAAGAGCUCGAGGACGAACAUGACCUCCUCAAGAUAACUGAAGAAGUUGACCCGCACCUAGAGCUGGCAGCCAUAGUUCGAAAAGUAUACGAAAACGAAGACAAAGCACCAUUGUUCGAGAACGUGAAAGGCAUGAACAAUGGCCUCUUCCGUGUACUCGGGGCCCCAGUUGGCCUCAGUCGAAUUCCUGGUCAGAGACUAUGUCGCAUCGCCAAAUCUCUUGGGCUUCCAUCAAAUGCAACAGGUCAAGACAUCAUCCACAAGAUCAACGUGGCUAAGAAAUUAGACCCGAUUCCUCCAACCGAAGUUCCAUCGGGGCCGGUGAAGGAGCAUAAGAUCUUUGGGGACGAUAUCGAUCUAACCUCCCUCCCGGUACCACUACUCCAUGCAGAUGACGGUGGAAAUUUCAUACAGACAUUUGGCAUGUAUAUUGUUCAAACGCCCGAUAAGCGGUGGGUGAACUGGUCUAUCACCCGAGGAAUGGUCAAUGAUAAACGAUCACUUGUCGGCCCGAUAAUACCCAAGCAAGACAUCGGAGUGAUAUCACAGAUGUGGAAAGAAAAGAAUGAAAAUAUGCCCUUCGCUCUUUGCUUCGGUGUUCCACCAGCCGCGAUCAUGGUCGGCGGCAUGCCGAUACCGAAAUGGACGAACGAAGCUGGCUUUAUCGGCGCUCUGACUGGUAAGCCAGUUGAAGUAGUCAAAUGUGAAACGAGCGAUAUAUGCGUUCCCGCUCACGCAGAGAUCGUACUAGAAGGGGUGGUCCUUACCUCUGAAGAUGCGAAAGCGACUGAAGGACCGAUGGCCGAGUAUCAUGGAAUGAUAUUCCCAGGAGAGUCCAAACAAUGUCCGAUUUUCAAGGUCAAUGCCAUUACCUUUAGAGAGAAUCCGAUCAUACCAAUCUGUGUGGCUGGGCGCGCAGUUGAGGAAAAUCAUACUGUCUGGGGAAUCAUGCAGGCUGCGGAGGUCCUAAAUAUUUGUCAGAAUGCCGGGCUUCCCAUUCGCAUGGUCUGGUGUCCGUUCGAGUCCCAUUGUCUCUGGUUUGUCGUCCAGGUAGACCGACAGAAAGUGCGAGCGAUGAAUACGAACAUCGCUGAUUUCAGCACUAAGCUAGGUCAUGUUGUGUUUGGUUCCAAGCCGGGGUGGUAUAUCCCCAAGAUUUUUCUUGUUGGGGAGGAUAUUGACCCUACCAAUCUUCGUGAUGUCAUUUGGGCCGAGUCUACGCGAUGUCAACCUGGACAAAAUGAGUUCCUCUUUGAUGAGUACGGAAAUAUCCCCUUGGUUCCAUAUGUUGGAUAUGGUAUCAAGCCCAAAGGCCUUAAUCACCAGAAAGUGGUUCGAUGCUGCAUGCUGCCUUGUGAGUUUGUUGAUGAGAUUCUUCCUUGGAAAGAAGGUUCAUUCCGUGGCUCAUAUCCAGUUGAAAUCCAAAAGAAAGUAAAUCGGAAAUGGGAAAUAUAUGGCUUUUCUCCUUGA